CCGGGUUUUACGCAGGUGUGUUUAGGUCGAUGUGUUGACGUAAUCGCAAAAAAUGCGGCUUUUAUUCAUGGUCCACUUGAGAAGACGUAGGUCUGCAGUUUAAAGUCACCUAUAUCUGUCAGCGCCUGCACUUCCUGCUGGAAAUGAUCGACCGCUCUUUGUGAUCUGGUCUCAGUACAAGGAAGUGCAUUUAAUAUGGAGAAGGCUCGACAUACACAGUCUCUGGAUCCAGCUUUCGUGAGGAAGGAUAUGGAGCUCUGAGUUCUUGGAGGGAGCAUAUGAGUUUGCGAAUGGUUUCUCCCUGUGUCGUCCCUGAGCUGCUGAGAUGGAGGAAGCGUACGCCGAGCUGUACCAGCAGUUUCUCCGCCUGAGGUCACUUUGCCUGCGGCAGGCAGCUCUCCUGCAUCAGCUCACAGCGGCCCUGCAGCAGCAACAAGGUACUGCCGCUCCUAACGGGGAGCUGAGUGAUAUGACGUCCAUCCCCAUCCAGUGUACCCAGGACCACCCUGCAUGUUUCGGUGAGAAGCCACAUCCUCUCGCGGCGGCGCCCAGUGCGGCUGCACAGUGCUGCAUCGGUCGCCUCACCACAAACACCGGGGCUUUCUCCGACUUCCUCGCUGAAGACAUGGCCCGGCUUUCUGUGAACAUGCCCCAUCAGAAAAUGAAAGAUGGGGCGUUGGAGCAACAGGCCGCAUCCUUGUUAUCCCUGGACUCCUCCAAGUGGCCCGCGGCCCAGUCCAGUGAAUCAAGAACUGCAGGACAGGCGGAUUAUCCUGGCAGAGACAGGACUGUGGGCUCAUGGAGGAUGCCUUUGACCGGCAGUCAUCUGCUGGAUGACGACGUUCUGAACCAGUCGGGCGGGUUGCUGAUGUCAGACGUGGCGCUGCAGUCUCACACCUGUGACUUCUGUCAGGCCGUUUUCCCCGGAGAAACGACCACCAGGGGGGAGUUCCUCCGACACCUCCACACGCACAUCACAUAGACCGGGCAGCUCCCCAAACGAGUUAGGGCUUCAGAUGACACACUGUGAGGGAGUGGGUGCAACUCCAUUAACUGGACCGGUCACUGUGUCGAUGCUGAUGAUGGCAUCGUUUCAUUUCUCUGUUGGAUGUAACGUGAAGGGUGGAAGUAGAGCCCAUGCAAAAAGCGCUGAGGAAUCUGGUGCAUGUUUUAUUCAAGCUUGUGUUUACACCAGUGCCAGUGGUCAUCACUGAACACGGGAACCUAACCCGACUCACUCUUUACUACAGAACUGUAGAAUGUUGUUUAAAACAAAGGAGCAUAUUGUAAAAAUACAGUGUAUAUAUGUUUUACAUGGUGGUGAAGGCUUUUGUUUUGCUGUUUAAUUAUGGCAUCGUUUAAAUGACCUUGAGCUCAUAUUAAGCUUUACUUUAACUUAACAGUUAUUGUUAAAUAAAAUUAGCAUUCUGGGA